ACGCUUUCAACUCGCGGCUAAACGGCUUCAAAAACUUCGGCCGAUGCACAGCGAUUGAAAGUCAGGCCGGCAUCGCUCGGCGGAGUUUUAAUAACUAUGCCUCCUUCUCGUCAAUGUGUCCGUCGUUCUGCACGCCUCAAAACCAACCCUCUAGUGCACUGCUCGAUGGCGAUGGGUGAUGAAACUUCAAACUCUCGAGGAUCGCUCAAAGCACCUCCAGAGCAAUCCGCACCCCACCUAACUAUUCAGUGGCAGAGCGACCACGCUCUCACUGAUCUACUUGUUACUUAUCUUACUACGCACCCCGCUGACUGCAGGAUUCUAUUCUACUCUGAUGGGAAGAAAGCAAUGUCUACUGCUGAUGACGGUCCCUCAGGCUCGGACAAAGGACAGAUUUACGGUACCCUGGCCAAACUAAUCUUCACAAAUCACCCCAAGUAUGGUUACGCAUACUCCGUCAAUGCAAAAAAAUUCUGCGAUGCAGUCUGCAACCGCAUUGGAAUUCUCAGGGGUAAAUACAAGAAAAUCAAGGCGUCUUUUGACAGCACAGGUGCUGGUGUGAUACCAGCUGAGGGCACGCAAAUGAGAAACUUAUUGGAUGCGGCGCUGGCAGAGCUCCCAUGGUACACGGAAUUAGAUGCCAUUUGGCAUGCUAAUCCGUCCAUGGCCACGAAAACCUACUCAUCAAAACCCGGCGUCGAUCACGCCGGUGCCUUAUAUUCCCUGAUUCAAUCACGUGGUGGGGGCAGUCCCCCCAUGCAGUUUGACGCGCCCCCAGAUGCACAGCAUGUAUAUCCUGGCGCCAACACUCAGCCACCUCCUCACGCAUAUCCCAAGCACAACACCUAUCCUUCCAGCACUCUGCCCCCACAUUACGGCCAACAAUACUAUCUGAGGUAUCCGCUAGCAACGCUGUAUGCUGGGGGUUCACAUGACGCUGACGUCGACAUUGCUGACGUGGACUCUCUCGACACCAGUGACCCAUUUGAUGCCCCCCUCGGAGACACCUUACAUCACCUCGAAGGUGAUGAGAGGGCCAAUAGCUCUUCCAAAGUCGCAGGGAAGAAACGCCAGCUCCCUUCAUCGCCAUCUCCCCCUCCUGAUGCUCCUGAACCAUUCAAUGUGCCAGAAAAAUCCCCAGCGUCUGCCUACAACAGCCGCUCGGCGUUUCGCACGCAGAAGCCAUCAAGCCGUGGGAGGCGACACAACCUACCAUCGGAGGUCUCGGUCAGCAUGUCAGCGCAUUCAUCCACGACACGCAACACUACCUCCUCGUCGGACUACCUUAUGUCCUCGACCCCCCAGACUUUGCUUCCAAACAGCGGCGGCUUGAAGAAGAAGAAGGCGAAGCUGGAUGUGAUGCAGCAGGUAGACAAGGUUAAGGAUGAGCUCACGUCUAUGCACUCUGAUGCGAUGUCGUGCCACGAUCACAAACACCAUCGCUUCCUCGCGAAGCUUGAGGUGAAGAGUGAGCACAAUUGCGACAUCAAGAAGUACGAAUGGCUUCGUGCUACCUGCGAGCAUGAGACCUCCCAGGCCACUGUCAGCCAUCAGCGUCUGCAGGAGUCUAAAGAUGCUGAGAUUCGUCUACGUGAGGCGGACAUUCGAGUCCACGAAGCACAUUCAUUGGUGCUCGACAAGGAAGCAGAGAAUCUUCGACUCAAAAUUCAGUUCCAUCAAAUGAUGCAGGCGAACAAGGGCCCGAGAUCAGAUGGAGGAGUUGAGUGA